AUGUAUACCACCCUCCUCACCCUCGCUCUGGCAUUAGCCCAAACCUCAACCGCAACUCCUACACCCACCCUCCUCGACCGCGCAACUCAAGCCCGCGCAGCCGCCAUUUGGACACCCACCGCCGGCACAACCUGGCAAAUGCAACUCUACGGCAGCGUCACAAAGCUCGACUUCCCCGUCGAAGUCUACGACAUCGACGUCCUCGACAACCUCAACACCGGCGUCAUCGCCAAACUCCACGCCGCCAACAAAAAAGUAGUCUGUUACUUUUCAGCGGGCAGUUACGAGAACUGGCGCACCGACACUAAGGAGUUCGGACUUACCGGCAAAGACGAUGUGAACAUCGGUAAACCGAUGAUUGGCUGGGACGGCGAAUGGUGGUUCCAAACCAGCAGCACCAAAGUGCGCGAUCUGAUGCGCAGUCGGAUUAAGAAAGCAGCGGCGGCGGGAUGCGAUGCUAUUGACCCCGACAACAUCGACGGCUACGACAGCGACGACGAAGAGCCGAACAAAACAGGCUUCAACCUCUCACUUGCCAGCGCGACCGAAUACGUCAAGUUCCUCGCCGCCGAAGCGCACGCCUUGGGAAUGGGAAUGGGACUCAAAAACGGCCUCGAUCUCAUCCCGAACGUGCUGAACGACGUGCAAUUCCAGGUACAGGAACAAUGUGCGCAGUUUCCUGCGAAGGAUGAUAGUUUAGGUUCCGAGUGUUUGUACUCGCAGCCGUUCAUCAAGGCGAACAAACCGGUUUUCCAUGUCGAGUAUCCAACGGGUGAGACGCUGAGUAAUACUAUUCCGGCGGCGGAGAAGAAGAAGGAUUGUCAGGAUCCGAAUGCGAAGGGGUUUUCGAGCAUUAUGAAGGGUUUGGAUUUGAUGGAGAAGAUUGCUUUUUGUACUUAG